CGCCUCUGAAGGCCUGAAAUCACUCGACAAUUUUCGUUGAAUCGGUGCACUCAUAACCCGGUGGCUGGUUUUGUUCGUUCAUUGUGUGUGCCUUCUACACCACCCAAGGCUUUGGUGCACUCUCUAUGCUUCACGUCUAAGGCCCGGUCAUUCUAGCUUCUAAAUCAAAUAACAAACAUCCUUCUUCUCUGUUCUUCCAUAGCAUCAUUGGGGUCAAGAUGUCUCAGAGGUCCAGCCUUAGUUCGAUUCCCAUGGUCAGCACUGAAAAGAUGCCCCUGCAAUUGGUAGCUUGGGGACCCGGCAGUCUCUCGCACUGGGCAAUCUUUGUGCCCUAUCAAGUGGGCUAUCCUAAUGGAAUACUCUACCAUAUCGGCUAUGAAGCCAAAAGCAGUGGCUUCUCAUGUACUGCAACUACUCGGCUGUCCAAGCACCAUUUCCAAGUUGCCAAGAGUGGACCCAACAAAUCCUUCACGAUCCCCAGGGCCUUCGCUACUUUCGCACAAGUUGAGGAUGCAGCGACACGUGUGUUUGAGGACUACAAGAGGUAUAACCUUGUUACUCGAAACUGUCAGAAUUUCGCGCUUGAUAUCUUACUGCGGCUACACCAACUCUACCCCUCGAGUGUACCGGCCAGCGCCAUUCAAGACGUACGUCGCCGCGGGACUAUAUCGACCUUUAUUGCCUCCAUCACGCGAAGGGAUCCAGUGGCUUAUCCCGAGUCUGGAGACCGGCCCGGCAAUCCUAACCGCUAUUCGAUCGACUAGCGGUCGAUUUGCUACACAACUACCUGAGACACUUUUAUAUAGCUUUAUGCUGCGUAUGUGUUUACUGUAUUUGCUAUGUUGUCACUGUACCUGGGAUCAAGCUGCGUUGUUGGAUUGAUACGUUUGACAUUAUGUCUGAUUCAGUAUACCAUUUCUUGGUCCGCUUAUCUCUCCU